AUGUCUGGCUGUGGUGAGGGCUCGGAAAUUAAGUUUGAGAACGGCGGCUUAACUAUACAGGACGCCCGUGUAGCGUUUGAAAUAAAAAAGGGCACUCCGAUCGCGACUGUGUUUGCGACACGUGAUGUUAUCACAAGAUGGGCGAAAGUGGUUCUCCCCGGCAGCCCGCAGAUCUCAGAAAAGAUUGCCGAGCUACAAAGGGAAAGCCCACGGAUUGGAUAUCACUUUGAACUAGGGCCUCCCAUUCCCGCCGACCCAUCUUCGCGCGCAAGUUGA